AUGUGCAAUUUGAUGAAACAAUUUAUACGCGCCCGAUUUGUGCAGACACUGAAUGGCUCGCGCCUACUGCUGUACAACCAGUAUCCGUUUAGCAAGAACGGCAGGAAAAAGAGACACUGGCAAACGUACGCUUGCUGCAAGCGACUGUCCUUAAAGUGCGCGGCCUUCAUCAACAUAUCUAUGGAGAAUCAGAUUCUCAAAGCCUGCACGGAACACAACCACCCGCCACCCGCGAACGGCGCCAGGAGGAGGGGUGGUAUUAGGUGGUUCUGCUCAUACCGCAAUAAGGGGUGCCCGGUGACCUUGAUCAUGAACGAGGACACGGGUCGGCCCGUAAUGACUCCAGGUCCACACCCCCACCAACCGCCGACGUACGUGCAGAUGGGAGAGCCCAAUUCGUCAAGACCACAAAAGGUGCAAACCUACUUCUGUAUGACGGUUACACGUAUAGCAAGAACGGUAGCGUCCGCAACGGUGGCAUCAGCGAUCCAGUUCAUUCAUUUGUUCAACGGCAGAAAGCUGCUGAUGGUGGACGGUUUCACUUUCCACAAGAUCGCCGGGGUGAGUUAUACCGGCGGCAUCAGAUGGCAGUGCUCAUCGAGGAAGCUGAAGAGAUGCAAGGCCUUCGUGGUCCUCUCGAAGAGUGAAGACGUCGUCCUCAGAGUAGUCGGUUUCCACACGCACGAACCACCCAUUUAUAAGUUAACCAAACAGGGCACAAAGCUUCUGAUGGUGGACGGUUUCACUUUCCACAAGGUCGCCGGUGUAAGUUAUAGCGGCGGCAUCAGAUGGCGGUGCUCAUCGAGGAAGCUAAAGGGAUGCAAGGCUUUCGUGGUCCUCUCGAAGGGUGAAGACGUCGUCCUCCGACUGGUGGGCUACCACACGCACGAACCGCCCAUUUAUAAGUUAACCAACCAGGGCACGUAUAUUAAGGUG